UAUUUUACCACAACUUUUUUUCCACAAAUGUACGCGAGAAACCCAUCCCCUCCCCCAGACCUGCCUGAUGAAUUGAAAUAUGCAGAUAAUAUUGGAGAUACCAGCUAUAGCAGGCAAUGGCUUCUCUCAUUGAUGGUGAAAAUUGUGGACAAAAUUAAGGAAAAUAAUAAGCCCUUAUCGGACGAUUUAAUCGAAGAUUUAGAUUCAGAUUUUGAGGAGCAGCUUUGUCUCCUUUGGGAUAUGACAGUCAGCAAAGACAUCCUCAAGUGUCUUACAGAUUUCGAUCUGAUUGCUGUCCUUUAUGGUGCAACCUCAUGUUUUUGCCACCCUCGGUUGAUUGAAAUAUCUCUUGGCAUCCUUGCAAAUCUUGCUAAUGAGCCCCACGCGUGUCAUAAGAUGGCUGAGAUAGAAGACUUCGUUCCUCAUAUAUUUACGCUCUUUCGCUCCCACGAUGCGCGCAUAUUGACUGAAGCUUGUCGCAGCCUUCUUCAAACCGUAAUUAUUUCUGAAGAGUACAACAAACCUUGGCUGGAUGCAAUUCGUUUUGAAUCAGAUUUUUUUGAGAACCUUAUGUUCAUACUUCGUAGCUCUACCAAUACUGGACUACUUAUGAACACGAUUCGCCUAAUUGAGGCUGUUUGCAGAGAUGAGGAUAGUUUGGCCGAAGCUUGGUGCAGUCCUCGUCUUAUUUCAUGUAUAUUGGAAGCUCAAAAGCAAAUACAAUGGAUGCAUGGCAGUGAAGUUGAAAUUAUACAUCGAUUGCUCUACAUAUUUUCCACAAACCAAAAUGGUGUGAUCAGCCUAGUUAAUAAGUCUUCUUUGGUAAUUCCUAUGCUGGCAAUUUAUCUGCGCAAACUAUGUGAAGAUGAGGCGUCGUGUAUCUCCUUCGGAAGGCACCACAAUAGCCUUCGCGCGAUUAUUCCAGUCAUUGAUGUUAUCGUAGCCAGUAUUUCUCCUUCAAAAGCCCUUGCUGAAACCUCCUCUCGUAUGCGAUUUACUGGUUUUUCUUAUUAUUAA